AAAAACCCAAUUCUCUUCUUCCCUUUCUUCCAUUCUUCCAUUUCUCCUUUAAUCAAAAACACACCCAAAUUUAAUCACACUUCACAAUCAAAUUCCUUUCUACAUUAUUCAUUCUUCCUUAUCCCCCCCCCCCCCCUCCUCUCUCUCUAUUUAAACCACCACACACUCCACAUACAAUUUCAAACUCCAGUACUACUCCAAACGACGUAUAUACAAUGACCUCUUCUUCUUUCUCUUCCCAUCUCCUUCUCCUCCUCCUCCUUUUCUUUCUUCUCCCUUUCCUACACAAAGGCCUCGCCCUUGAUUAUCGACUCACCCGCGACGAAUUGGCCCGUCAGGACGCGGAUCGCGUCCUCAGACUGCCCGGACAGCCACCCGUGAGUUUCAAGCAAUAUGCUGGAUAUGUUAACGUCAAUGAGAGCCAUGGUAGAGCUUUGUUUUAUUGGUUCUUCGAAGCCAUUGCCGAUCCUCAUGAAAAGCCUCUCCUUCUUUGGCUUAAUGGAGGACCGGGAUGUUCAUCAAUCGGUUACGGGGCAGCAGAGGAAUUGGGACCUUUCUUUCCUCAAAAAGGAGACAAACCAAAGCUCAAGUUCAACCCAUACACUUGGAAUAGAGCUGCUAACCUCUUGUUCUUGGAAUCACCCGUUGGAGUUGGAUUCUCCUAUAGCAACAAUACUAAUGACAUCAACGAACUUGGCGACACCAUCACAGCCAAGGACUCGUAUGCCUUUCUAAUCAAUUGGUUUCAAAGAUUUCCCCAAUUCAAAUCCCAUGAAUUUUACAUCGCCGGCGAGAGCUAUGCAGGUCACUACGUUCCACAACUUUCAGAGCUUAUUUUCGAUGAGAACAAGAAAAUCUCAAAGAAAAAUCGCAUAAACUUCAAAGGCUUCAUAAUCGGAAACGCCUUACUAGAUGACGAAACAGAUCAACAAGGAAUGAUCGACUACGCUUGGGAUCACGCCAUAAUCUCCGAUAAAUUGUACAAAGAAAUCAAAACAAAUUGCAAUUUCAAGAAUCCAACUCUGUCAGACUCUUGUGGUAAUUCUCUCGACAAGUAUUUCGACGUGUACGAUAUCAUCGAUGUGUACAGUCUGUAUACUCCAAUGUGCGUUGAGAAGAACUCGAGCAGCACCAGAAGGAAACCACGGCGAUUUGCAAUCAACGGCGUUGCGCCUCAGAAUAGAGGAUGGCAUAUGAGGCAUUUUGGAUACGAUCCUUGUUCGUCGGAUUACACUGAAACGUAUUUCAACAGACCGGAUGUUCAAAAGGCCAUGCACGCCAAUGUUACGAAAAUUCCAUACCCAUGGACUCAUUGCAGUGAUAACAUCACAUUUUGGAAGGAUGCACCAUUUUCAAUACUCCCUAUUAUCAAGAAGCUCAUAGCUGGGGGCCUUCGUAUAUGGGUUUUUAGUGGGGAUACUGAUGGAAGAAUCCCAGUGACAUCAACAAGGUUGACUUUGAACAAACUUGGUUUGAAGAUCAAGAAGGAUUGGACUCCUUGGUACUGUCAUCAACAGGUUGGUGGGUGGACGAUUGAGUACGAAGGGCUGAUGUUUGUGACAGUAAGGGGAGCGGGCCACGAGGUUCCACAAUUUAAACCGAAGGAAGCUCUUCAACUCAUUAGGCAUUUCUUGGCCAAUCGCAAGCUCCCAACUACUUCUUUUUAGAUUCUUCUUUUUAAAUCUCUUUUUCUUUAUGUUCACAUUUUUAUUUUUUAAAAGUCACAGUAUUUUGUUUUUUAGUUUAAUCCACAAGGAAUUGCCCAUAAAAAUGCUGAUGGCCAAGAAAUUAGGUUUUUCUUUUCUUUUUUUUUAAUCUUUCUUCAUAGUUUAUUGCCUUCCAAUUUGUGAAUAAAAUUUUUUUAUAAUUUCACGUGAA